AUGAAUAAUAAUAAUAAAAUUAAUUUAAUAAUUGAUAAUAAUAAUUUAAAUGAAAUAUUAUUUUUUAAAGUUUGGAGAAAUAAAUUUUUAAGAUUUAGAAUUUUUCAUCAAAUUAAAAAAUAUUCAAUGAAUAAAAUUAAAGUUUUUGAAGAUUGUAGCAAAUUGAAUGGUUUAGAGAAUUCAUAUUAUAUAAAGAAGUGUAAAUUUUUAAAGAAUUCAUCGAUACCAGUUGGAGCAAUACCACAUUCAGUAAGGUCAUUAAAGUUGAGUAAUGUAUUUUCAUAUCCAUUGAUAAUUGGAUCAUUACCACCAAAAGUAAAGACAAUUUAUGUUGGUCAAUUUUUUAAUUUUAAAAUUGAUAAAGGUGUAAUUCCACCAACAUGCGAAACUUUAAGAUUUGGAUAUCAUUUCAAUCAAUCAUUUGAAUUUUUACCACCAUCUGUAACAUCCAUUGAAUAUGGUGGUAUUUUUAAUAAACCACAUACAAUUCCACAAACUGUGACCAAAUUAAAACUAUUCAAUUUUUUCAAUAGAAUGGAUUUAACUAUUAAUGAUAUACCAAAAUCAAUUAAAACCUUAAUUAUCGAUGGUUGUUUUAAUAUUAAUUUAUUAGUUGGAUUUAUACCAUCAUCAGUUACAAAACUUGUAUUGGGUCCAAAAUAUUUUCAACCGCAAUUAAUUCCAGGAUUUAUACCAUCAUCAGUUAGAAAAUUAACAAUUUCAUUUUGUAGUUUUGAAACAAGAAUUGAAAAGAAUGUAAUACCAUCAUCUGUUAAGAAAUUGAAAAUUAUUGAUCAUUUCAAUGGAGAAUAUAUUGCUUCAAAUCUUUGUUAUGGUUCAAUUCCAUUUGGUGUUGAAAUCAUUGAAUUUAGUGAUUUCAAAAAUAAAAGAUAUAUAAAAUUAGAUCAUAGAUUAAUUCCAUUAACUGUAAAGAAAUUAAUUAUCAAAGGAAAACAAGUUAAUUUAUCAAGUUUAAAAUAUAAUUCAAAAUUAAAAUUAUUUUUUAAAAAAUAUUAUUAUGAAACUUGGACAUUAGUUUUCUUUAUUCAAUCUUUUUCACUUUUAUUCCUUUCAAUAUUUCCUUCAUUUUUAAAUGAUUAUAUUUCAAUUACAAUUCCACGUUUAACAAUUUGGUUUUGUUUAAAUUAUUUUUUAAUACUUUAUAAGAAACACAUGAAAAUAUUUUUUAAAAUUUUAAAAAUGAUUAAAGAUAAUUAA